AUGGCAUUCGAUCAUGACGCCAAGCUGUUCGAUGUGCUCGCCAACGGUUACCAUCUCAACACACAGCUCCAGGCAUUGCUCGGUGGCCGUCCCCUGGACAGCCUCGGCCAGCAGGAGGCCAUGGCGUUCAGCCAAGAGCUCUCACGAGUGUUCAAGGUAUCCAUGUCCAUGCUGAACAGUAACACAGUGACAAGAGUGAGGACGGCGCCGGAGAUAAGGACCGGCAAUAGCUCCGGCGUCAUCAUUCAGGCGGCGAAAAAGGAUAAGCGUGCAAGGAGUGAUAGUGGAGAAGUGGUUACUCCCGUCAAGAAGAGUAGAGAAGAUGGGGUUACUAGGAAGGAGAUUACGGCCUCGCCAUACAAGGAUGGCUACGAGUGGCGAAAAUACGGGCAAAAGAACAUUCAGAACUGCAAUUUCGUGAGGUACUACUUCAGGUGCAGCCGCGACCGGCGCUGCGAAGCGAAGAAGAAGGUGCAGCAGCAGGACGGCAGCCGGGGCCAGCUGUCGCCUCCCAUGUUCGAGGUCACCUACGUGAACGAGCACACGUGCCAUGUGCUCCGUGCCAUUGCCAACGGCGGCGCUGCGAGGAUGGCGGCGUCGCCCCGGACCACGAACCGGCCGUACCGCGUCCUCGGGGUUGUGGACACCGCGAGAGACGACGGCGGCGUCCUGUUCGACGAUCUGUCCUCGUCGUUUCCCCGCAUCGGCGCCGGCGGCAGCGCCCAAGAGAACGAGACCAUCGUCUCGUGCCUCGCGGACGUCAUCCGCGGAGCCGCGCCGUCGCCGUUGCCGUCCCCGUGGCCGCCAGCAGCCGAAGCGGGCGCAAGCGAUCCUGCUGCAGCGUCGUCGUACGUGCCCCCGCCGAUGCAGGCCUCCGCCCGACACUCGGCGAGCGUGGGCGUCGCGGAUGAUGGUGGGGCGAUGACGACGAUGAUGAUCGACGACACGGACUUUUGCUGGGAUCCCUCGCCGUUUUGUGCGGUGGGGGAGGCCGAUCAGGAUCAGCUGAUGAUGGACCACCGCGACAUGCACGUGGAUGCCGCCCGGCUCGCGGACACGGAGUGGCCGCGGCACACCUCCGCGGGUGCUUGGCGUUGA